AUGAAAAUCAACAGGUACCCGGGGGGGAUCAUCCAGGACUCCUGUGUGCUGAAGGGUGUGGGGUGUUCAGGUGUACUGCUGUUAACCCGUGGCGUGGUACCCGGGGGGAUCAUCGAGGACUCCUGCGUGCUGAAAGGUGUGGUGUGUUCAGGUGUACUGCUGUUAACCCGUGGCGUGGUGUGUUCAGGUGUUCAGGUACCCGGGGGGAUCAUCGAGGACUCCUGCGUGCUGAAAGGUGUGAUGGUGAACAAAGACGUGACUCACCCCAGGAUGAAGCGCAUGAUCAAAAACCCCCGAAUCAUCCUGCUGGACUGUUCUCUGGAGUACAAGAAGGGGGAGAGCCAGACUGAUAUAGAGAUCAGUAAGGAGGAGGACUUUGCCAGGAUCCUGCAGAUGGAGGAAGAAUACGUCCAGCAGAUCUGUGAGGACAUCAUCCGCCUGAAACCAGACCUGGUGUUCACCGAGAAGGGGAUCUCAGAUCUGGCGCAGCAUUACCUGGUGAAAGCCAACAUCACCGCCAUCCGCCGCGUCAGGAAGAGUGACAACAACCGCAUCUCCAGGUACAAGGAGAUCCGCAAGAGGCGGGACAGAGAUAAGGGAUCGCAAGGAGAUAAGGAGAUGAAGAAAGAGAUAAGGACCGGGGGGAAGGAGAUCCUGGAGGGGCCAGGAGAUCCUGGCGGGCAAGGAGAUCCUGGCUGUGGGGCGCAAGGAGAUCCUGGGGCAGGGGGGGGUCCUUGGGGCCAGCAAGGAGAUCCUGGCUGUAAGUACCUGGGGGGGGCCAGCAAGGAGAUCCUGGCUGAAGUGGAGAGGAAUCUGCAGGACGCCAUGCAGGUGUGCCGUAACGUGCUGCUGGACCCCUUCCUGUUGCCGGGGGGCGGGGCCAUAGAGAUGGCGGUCUCUAAGCGCCUGAUGGAGCGGUCCCGCGCCCUGACCGGCAUCGAACAGUGGCCGUACCGCGCCGUGGCAACCGCCCUCGAGGUGGUCCCGCGCACCCUCAUCCAGAACUGUGGAGCCUCCACCAUCAGGGUGCUGACAUCACUCAGGGCCAAACACACCCAGGAGAACAGUGUGAACUGGGGGGUGGAUGGAGAGACCGGCUGUCUGGCUGAUAUGAUGGAGCUCGGCAUCUGGGAGCCUCUCGCAGUCAAAGCUCAGACCUACAAGACAGCCAUGGAGACGGCCAUCUUGUUGCUGCGUAUCGAUGACAUCGUCUCUGGUCACAAGAAGAAAGACAAAGACGAGCAGAUGGGAGGACAGGGAGCCGAGUAGACCCCCCAGGGUCCAGGUCUACGUCAGAGUCACUCCGUGUGUGUGUGUGUGUGUGUGUGUGUGUGUGUGUGUGUGUGUGUGUGUGUGUGUGUGUGUGUGUGGGGACCAGACGACUCGCUGCAACUUAUAGCAAACGGUCAAUAAAGUCAAAGUUAGAAACUA